AUGAAUCAUCAUAAUAUUGGUUCUUCUUCACUACUUUCUCAUUCAAGUUCAAGCUCAUCUGAUGAUGAGCUUGAACAAUUAAUCAACGAGUGUGAUGUUGAACAUCAAUUGAUGGGUCAACAUAUUUUGAAUAACAAUCUUAUUGUAGCUCAACUGGCUGAAUAUCAAAAUGCUACAAAAAUUCAUGGAGGUUCAGUUCUUGGUCACAAGGUAAUCCAUCGUGACCGAGAAGCAGCAGCUCAUCGUCUCUUCAACGACUAUUUUUCUGAAAAUCCAACAUUCAACGAAGGAAUGUUUCGUAGACGCUUUCGAAUGUCUCGAAGUCUAUUCCUCCGUAUUGUUGAUGCUGUCAAAAAUCAUAAUGGUUUUUUCGAGCAACGCAUGGAUUGCACAGGAAGAUGGGGCUUGUCCACAGUGCAAAAAAUAACAGCUGCCUUUCGAAUAUUGGCAUACGGGGUACCAGCAGAUGCUACUGACGAGUACAUAAAUAUUGGUGAGUCCACUGCAAUUAAAUGUGUCAAGAAAUUCUGUCGUGCAAUUGUGGAAAUAUUUUCUGAUCAAUAUCUAAGAUCUCCUAAUGCUAGUGAUGUUGCUAGACUACUUUAUAUUGGUUGGGCAGGCUCAUAUGCCGGUCGUAGUGGCUCUCCAACAAUUAUUCUUGAAAUAGUUGCUGAUUAUGACCUUUGGAUAUGGCAUGCAUUCUUUGGUAUGCCAGGAUCCAAUAAUGAUAUUAAUGUGUUGGAAAGAUCUCAUCUUUUCAGUGACCUUGCUAGAGGUAUCACUCCACCCGCACAUUAUGUCAUACAAGGAAAAGAGUAUAAUGUGGGCUAUUAUUUAGCAGAUGGUAUAUAUCCCAAGUGGUCCACACUUGUACAAACUUUUCAUGAGUCACGCUCUGUGAAAAAAAAGUUUUUUGCAAUGAGACAGGAAUCGUGUAGGAAAAAUGUGGAGCGUGCAUUCGGAGUUCUUCAAAGUCGAUUUGCAAUUGUUGCAAAUCCAGCUCGCUACUGGCAAAAGAAACAUUUGGAUAAUAUAAUGAAAAUUUGUAUUAUUAUGCACAAUAUGAUUGUUGAGGAUGAACGUGACCUGUCUGCACCAAUUGAAAUUGCAAGAGAAGUGCCAAUUCCAGAUGUUGAAACAAUGCCUAAUGAAACAAACCAUUUCCAAGAUUUUCUUGGACGCUAUAAAAAAAUCAAAGAUAGAGUUGCUCACUUUGCGCUUCGUGAUGCAUUAGUCGAUCAUAUAUGGGAUGAGUUUUCUAAUUUAGAAAAUUAG